AGCUGACACUGCCAGAAGUUACGCGUCGUCAUUGUGCCGGCCAUAAUAAAUAAUAAACAAACAUAAAUCUUAUGCGAACGGGAGUUUUUAACUAUUAAGGAUGAGUAAACUUAAACCUGAGAAUAAAGAAGAAUACUUAGCCAAGAAGAGAGAGCAGGCAAAGUUAUGGUACCAAAAUAUUAAAAACAACCCAGAAUUAUAUGCGGAAUAUCAAAGAAAAAAUAGACAAAAAUAUGAAAAAAGGCUGGCGCGAAAAAAAGUAGUCCCCAUAAGUGGAAUGACAUCUAUACAGCAAAGACAGCAGAGGAAGAAAUGGAGGGAAGAAUCAAAGAGAAGAUAUCAACGAAAGAAAGGCAAAAAAGAAAGAGAUAAACAAUCAGGGGCUGAAAAUAGUUCACCAGAAGAUGACAGUCACCCUGUUAAUUUAAUAGAAACCAUAUUACUACCUAACCCUGAGAUUACCGAAGAAGAUUUCACCAUAAAGACACAUUGUCAGGAUCUAAUCAACCAAGACAUUGAAGAUAAUCCCGAAUUCAAUUUAGAUUACCAAAGUAGACAUGAAAAUAAUACAAUGCACGAACAUAUUCCUACAAUAGAAAUGACAUCUUGUCAGCAAAAAAAUCAAACGGAGAAGAUAGAAGGAAGAAAGGGAAGAUUAGAACCAGAUAAAGAUAAAAUAGAAAACCUCAAACCUGAGAACACUGCAGAAGUUCUCACCAUAAAGAUGGUAAGUGAGGGCCUAAGCUACCAAAGUAUCAAUGACAAUCCGGAUUUAAAUUUGAGUGAUAUUGGAAACCAUGAAAGGAAAAAAGCGCAAGACAAAAAUGUGCCCUCAAUCGAAAUAACAUCUCAUCAGCAUCAAAUACAAAGGGAGACGUUAAGAGAUGAAGGGGAGUUUAACAGCGAAGAAGUUUUUUUCAUAAAGACGGAAAGUAAGGGCCUAAAUUACAGCAUUAAUAACAAUACAGAAUUGAAUAUGGAUUAUCAAGCUCAAUAUGAAAGGAACAAAGAGCAAGAAAAAAUUACCCCGAUAAUAGAAAUGCCAUUUAGUCAGCAGAAAAUGCAAAGACAGAACUUAAGAGAAGAAGGGAAGAAAAGAUGUCAACCAAAAAAAGAUAAAAAAGAGAAACGUAAACUUCUGACCAGAGAAGAAAUCUUAGCUAAAAAGAGGGAACGUGAGAGACUAAGGUACCAUUAUAUUAAAAAUAAUCCAGAAUUAUAUUCGGAAUAUCAAAGAAAACAAAAUACAAAUUAUGAAAACAGGAAAGCGCAAAAAAAAAUUCUCCCGAUAAAUGAAAUGACACCUCGUCAGCAAAAACAGCAAAGGAAAAGAGCAAGUGGAGAGCAGAAUCAAAGAGAAGAUAUCAACGAGUGAAAGAGAAAAAAGAAAGAGAUAAACAAUUGGGGGCUAAUAAUAGUUCACUAGAAGAUGACAGUUACCCUGUCCAGUUAUUAGUUGUUAAAAAAACAAUAGCUGUAAAUGUAGAUUUGUGAGAAUUAGACUUAUUGAUUGCCCAAUAUUACCAAGUCACGAUGAAAACGUCUGACAGCCUUUUAUCCUCACGUUUUGUA